GAAUCCAACAUGGGGCUUCCAAUUGUGUGUGCGGCAUCACUGAGUAAAGAUAUCAUGAAUCGUCUUCUGAUAGAUAGUGACAUCAACGAGGAAGAAACUUGGGAUUUCGUGUUCGUCGACAACAUCAACCACUGUUACGAUCAACCGUCAGCAGUGCCAGUGAAAACUCACAGCAACCCAGAAUCGCCAUUCGUCUCCAAGACACCCUAUGAGUGUAGCCAAUUGCUCUUGAAGCUUCGCGAAGACACCAAGUCCAAUAUCAUUCCUCACUACUUCAUGAUCAUGGACCAGAGAUCACUACAGGAUGAUACUGUAUUGCUUGUGACUGCGGGGAUAGAUGAGCCAGUAUAUACUGUUCGGGCCAGUUUCGGGGCGUCUGCUCAAGCGAUUGUGCUGUAUCCUACGGGGCAUAGGGGUAUCGAAGAGGAUGUUGAAAGUGCCGCACAAGAAGAAGAUGAAGUUUAUCACGGGCGGUAA